AUGCUACGUCGGACAAUCGCAUCCGGGAGAUCCUGCCUCGAAUGUAGUCGGCGAAAGAUCAAAUGUGAUAGGUCACUGCCUUGUUCCUAUUGUGUAAAGAUUAGAGCGGCAUGUGUUUAUCCGCCGACGAGAAGGCGCUCUCGGAGCCCAGACUCAGGGAAUGUCAGUGUCACGAGUCGGCUUGAUAGAAUUGAGGAUACGCUACGAGUACUGAGCGAGGAUUUUGGUCAAAUUAGAGACUUACUACGCCAUUUAGUCUCAUUCACGGCAUCCGACACUACAGGGGAUGGCGAGAUUCUCCAAACGAGACCCUCGAAUCCUCAUGGAGACUGCGUCGAUACUGGCCAUGGCCCGGCUAAUGGAACAGAGCCUCCAAUCUGCGCAAAUAGCACUUUUGAUAGCGCGAAAGAAACAACCGAACGACAGCACCCAUCGCCUGUCACAAUUUUUAUUCUGUGGCAUUGGUACCUGGAUACCGUUGACCCUGUGCUCAGGGUAUUCCAUACGCCUAGUGUUCAGAAAGACCUUAUGCGAGUUAUCACAGCAGAUACCACUGUGGAUGUGGCAAAACAAUGUUUGCUCUUCGCGAUGUGUUAUGCUUCAGUAAUCAGUAUGCCAUCUACCACGUGCCUGGACAAGCUUGAUGAAGAUAGGCCAACGCUACUGGAACGAUAUCGCAAUGGAGUCGAGCGCCAACUUGCACGAGUAGACCUUUCAUCGUCCUUGGAAUCUACUCUUCUACAGGCCUUCAUUCUAUAUCUUACCUGCGCCCGACUAGACAGCCACGGCCCAUCAGUUAAAACCCACCUCCCUACAGCCAUCAACAUGGCAUACCGGAUGGGUCUCCACCGCGACGGCACAACACAAAACAAAUCAGUAUUGGAGACUGAAUCCCGACGUCACCUAUGGUGGCAGCUCGUUACCCUUGACACCCGAACCGCAGAGGAUCACAACACAACCCCCUAUAUCCUUGAACCAUCCUUCACCACACAGUUUCCAUGCCUCAUCGUUGACGCAGGCCUCCCAUCCCCGAUCGCAUCCAAUGCCACUGCAUCCAGCACGUUCUUUCAACUUCUCCAUUUCGAACUCAUAUCCUUCACCCGACGCAUAAUUUUCUCGGACACUUUCAACCAAGCAAACGACUAUCACAUUUCGUCCCCGAUACAAAAGCACAAGGCCAUCAACGACUUCCGGCAAUCACUAGAAACCCGAUACUUCUCUCACUGUGGCUCCAUAAAUCCCCUAGAGUUUAUAACCGCGGCAACUGUCCAGCUCUUCCUUGUGUACAUGAAAUUAGCGGUGUGUAAGCCUGGACACAGUUUUCGACCUAUUUGUGUAGAGGUCCUUCAGCGAGCACUCGCGCUGAGGGAGCAUGAGCCAGGGCAGAAGUGGGUUUGGUUAGUUCAGAGAGAUAUGGAGUGGGGAAUGUUGGAGUUGCUGCUGAAUGAUUUGUGCGCAGAGGGGGUGAACGAAGGGAGGGAAGAGGCGUGGAGGGUUGUUGAGCAAGCAUAUGGGUAUUGGAGGGGAGAUGAAACUGGACGGAAAACUGGAAAAUGGGCGGUCAUUGAGAAACUAAGGGCCCGUGCUUUGACUAUUCGGGGUUACGAGAGCGAGAUCGAUGUACCGAACGGACUCGAAUUGGUCCCAGACAAUUAUGGUCCAGUGCCGGCUGAGGAGCUCGCCGAGGGUACUGGGACGGGAGAAUUGCCUGGCGAUGGGACCAUGUGCGAGUGGAGUAUGGAAGCGUUUGAGCAGUAUUUUCAAGGGCUGGGUGCCGGUGACGGUAUGUCGAAUGUGCUUUAA